CAGUUUGUUCUCCAUUCAGUGUUCAGCCUUUGGCCAUUCGCUAUUGGGUGCUUAGUCUUCCGCUCUUCUGUUGAGACCAUCAGUAUAGAAUUUGUUCGUUGGGUUUGAAGAUUAUGGACCAGACUGUGAUAGCAUGAGGAUAACAGCGUUCUUGGACAUUCCUGGGCAGGAUAAUUUGACUCCGUUGGCUCGUCUGGAAAAGUAUGCCUUCAGUGAUAACAUAUUUAACAGGCAAAUUAUUGCUAGAGGUCUUUUGGAUGUCUUUCGAGAUUUCAGUAAUAAUGAGGAAGAUUUCCUGACUGUAAUGGAGAUAGUGGUCAGGCUCUCUGAAGAUGCAGAACCAACUGUACGUACAGAGCUGAUGGAACAAAUUCCUCCCAUUGCCAUUUUUCUGCAAGAAAGUCGACCAAAAUUCCCAACAGCAUUUUUUGAAUAUCUUAUGCCCAUAGUAGUGAGAUACCUCACAGAUGUUAACAAUCAGGUUAGAAAGGCAGGUCAAGAAGCGCUGCUCAUCCUGCUAGAACAAGAUCUCGUUGCUCAGAAUGACAUUGAAAAUAAGGUGUGUCCAAUUCUGUUGGACCUCUCUGCUCCUGACAGUGAUGAUGAGUACAAGGUGGAAGCUGUGAAUAUAAUCUGUAAAAUGGCUUCUAUGCUGAGCAGAACCACAGUUGAGCACAUGCUGCUUCCUCGUUUCUGUGAGCUUUGCAGUGACGGGAAACUGUUUCAAGUUCGAAAGAUUUGUGCAGCUAAUUUUGGUGACAUUUGUAAUGCAGUUGGGCAAGAAGCCACAGAGAGACUUCUGAUUCCAAAGUUCUUUGAACUUUGUUCGGAUAGCGUUUGGGGAAUGAGAAAAGCUUGUGCUGAGUGCUUUAUGGCAGUGUCUUAUACGACAUCCCCAGAAGUUCGCAGAAGCAAACUAUCGCCACUCUUUAUCAGUCUUAUUAGUGACACUUGUAGAUGGGUUCGUCAGGCUGCUUUUCAGUCCCUUGGCCCAUUCAUUUCUACCUUUGCAAACCCUUCAAGUGCUGGUCUUUACAUUCGAGAAGAUGGUACACUGAGUAUCCGACCAUCACCACAAGAUGUGACUUCCAAUUCCUGUCAAGCAAGCAACAAUAUAAAUUUGAAGUCCUCCACUACAAAUGUAGCAUCUUCCAGUUCAGAACAACCAAUGGAAAUCAAACCAGAGUCAUCGACUGAGGAGACUUCAGCUGAAAAUACAGUGCUCUCAGUUAAGAAUCUAAAUAAAGACACAUGGGAAGGAAGUUCAGGCUGUUGUACCAAUCCUGGAGAAGACCUGACUAGAUUAUCUCAGGGCAGUGAUGUUGCUGCUGGUGUCAUAGAGGUCAUGAAGGACAGCAAUUUUUCAGGAACGAACUCGAGGCUACAGUCUGCUGAGGAUGUAUUUAAUACUUUCUUGUACUGGCGCCCUCCUCUGCCUGAUAUAAGCCAGGAUCUGGAGUUGCUUCAGUUCAAGUCUGAGAAGCAUAAAGACUGCCCUGUGCAGUGUAAUAACUGUGUUGCCAGUAAUGAAAUAAAAAAAGUUCUAGAAAGCUUGCAGGAACACAUAGAUGAUCCAGAUGUUCAAGCUCAAGUCCAAGUAUUGUCUGCUGCUCUCAGAGCUGCUCAGUUUGAUUCCAUCAGUGACUGUGAGACCGAAAAAACGGAGAGUGGGCGCAAGCUUCAGAACAAAACAACUGUUUCAGAUGAAGUGACUAUUUCAGAUGCUACCUGCAGCCAGGUAGAGGAAGACGCUCUUUUGUCCCACGCGUCCCAGGAUGACAUCAGUGACCAGUCCACCACCAGUAUACUGAAAAGCACAGACUCAGAGGAACACCACAGAGGAACCAAUGCGUUUCUAAAGAAAGAGCAAGAAAAUAAUCCACCGUUUGAAGAUGACAAGUCAAAAUUACAGGAUAUUAUACCUCAACCUUUGUUAGACCAGUACUUGUCGAUGACUGAUCCUGCUCGAGCCCAGACUGUUGAUACUGAAAUAGCCAAACACUGUGCAUAUAGUCUUCCUGGGGUGGCCUUAACACUGGGCAGGCAGAACUGGCACUGUCUAAAAGAUACAUACGAGACUUUGGCCUCAGAUGUACAGUGGAAGGUUCGUCGGACACUAGCUUUCUCCAUACAUGAACUGGCUGUUAUUCUGGGUGAUCAGCUAACAGCUGCUGAUCUGGUGCCAAUUUUCAAUGGAUUCUUGAAAGAUCUCGAUGAAGUGCGCAUUGGUGUCCUGAAGCAUCUCUAUGACUUUCUAAAGUUACUUCAUGAGGACAAAAGGCGAGAGUAUCUUUACCAACUUCAAGAAUUUGUGGUGACUGAUAACAGCAGGAACUGGCGGUUUCGUUACGAGCUGGCAGAGCAGCUGAUCCUAAUAUUGGAACUCUACAAUCCCAAUGAUGUGUAUGACUACUUAAGACACAUUGCACUGACUCUCUGCUCUGAUAAAGUGUCAGAAGUUCGAUGGAUCUCCUUCAGACUGGUUGUAGCCAUACUGCAGAAGUUCUAUGCAAACAAUGCAAAUGCACUGGGAUUAAAUUUCAUUAAUGAACUUGUAGUGCGGUUCCGUCACUGCUCCAAGUGGGUUGGAAGACAAGCUUUUGCCUUCAUUUGUCAGGCGGUAGUAGAAGAAGAAUGUAUGCCUAUCGACCAGUUUGUUGAACACUUACUCCCCAGUCUUUUAAGUCUUGCUUCAGAUCCUGUGCCAAACGUAAGGGUUCUGCUCGCCAAGGCUCUAAGGCAGACGUUAUUGGAGAAAGCUUAUUUUAAAAGCGUUGGCAAUCCUCAUCUAGAAGCUGCGGAAGAGACUGUUCUAGCUUUGCAAUCUGACAGAGACCAAGAUGUGUCCUUUUUUGCCACCAUAAAGCUAAAGCAGAAUAACAUGGACAAUACUGCGAUUGAAAAACAAAACUGAUGUGUUCUAUAAACCCUAAACAUCUAAAUGGUUAUUUGCCUCAUGUUCACAGUUAGUGUGAAUAACAUGGACAAAUAAGAAAAGAAUCUUUUGUCGUCUACUUGAGCUGGAAACGGCCUGUUCAAAAAUGCAGUGAUCUUCAUUUGAUGACCACUUUUCAUCUACAGCUGUGCAUGAUAUGCAUUAGCUUUUUUUUGUCCUUGUAAACGUGGGUGAUAACUCUGAUGUCAGCCUGCAAUUCUGUAUUGUAUAUAAAUUCUGAAACGUACUCAGUGUUUCAGUGUGAACAGAGUACAUAUUCCAUAAUUUAAAAAAAAGCAAACAAUUCCAUAAGUAGGGCAGUCUGCUAUAAGCUUGAAAUGGUUUCUUAAUUUUAAAACCUCCAUAGCAGAUUUAAGUAGGGAUAUUCUUUCCUCAUUUUUAUUGUAGCUUUUGUAUUGUUUAAAGUAUUACAUUUUAUUUUAACUGAAAAAAGUGUAUAUAUGUGAAUAGUUUUUAAGUUUUAACAAAAAAUGAUGAAGAAUCUAAUCCCAUAGCAGUCAAAAAGCUCAAAAAACAUUUCAUUUUAUACAGCAGUUUGUUGAAAUUAGGGCGUGGUUCACUUUUACUUAAUGUGAUAUUUUUUUUAAAGCACAGAGAGCUCAACAUUCUUUGUAUAUUCUGACUUUUCUAUUACUUUGUUGUUUCCACGCUAUAGUCUUACAGGUGAUAACACUGUUUUCAUUACUGCACGAGCUUAUAGUUGAAUAUAGACUGUUCAUUUCCCAAACUGAAAAUUGCUCUUUCUACCCUAGCAAAGCUCCUUUCAAUUAAGGGAUUCAGAGUUCCUGGAAUGUGCGAUUUAUCUUCAGAAGAAUAUUACAGAAUUUUACAGAGUAAUUAACCUUUGUACAUGUCUUUCAUGCACACCUGAUUUGGGGAAAAAAAACCCACUACCUUUUAACUGGUCCAACAUUCAAAUCCCUGAGAACCUGCUAUUUCAUUUCUAAGUAAGAGGUAAGGGGAUUUUAUUUGGGAUCUCUAAAUUCUAGAAUGCUCCAAAUGGCAAAUAUUCAUUUGUGCAUAUGUAUAUAUACAUACAUAUAUGUGUGUGUAUGUAUAUAUAGUGUGUGUGUGUAUAUAUGUGUGUAUAUAUAUGAACAUUUGCCAUUUGUAUUAACAAAAUUCUCUUAAAACCUGCUAGCUUCUAACCAUUUUUCAAAACUAUAAAGCUGAUACUUUUUGGUGGAUCUUGUCCUCUGUUAUGUCCCAAAUCUGCAGCUAAUGUAGGGCCUUCAGAGGGGAAAGGGGGAAAGGAAUCACACACACACACAUACACACAAAUAUUUGAAAGCUUCUCAUUGACUUUUAGGGGUUUUUGUCCUGUCCAAAAACUAAUGCUUAAUUACUAAAGAAUGGACUCAUGUAGUAACAGAUAAAUUAUUGUGCUCACACAAAGAAAGUAUCCUAAGUGCACAAGUGGGAAUAUCUUUCUCCUUAUUUCAUUACUAUACUAAUUAAGUAGUUCAAC